AACCAAACCAAACCAAACCCAACCCAUAAAAUGUGAGAUGUUGUGGGGCAUUGUGUGUGCGCGAGAGAGAGAUCGAUGGAGCUGUGUAGGAUCCGAACCUUCCAUAAGAGCCUCCACCUCCUCCUCCACGCCCACGCCCCCGCCCCCGCCCCUUCCAGAACCCUCGGAACCCUAGCCCGCUCCCCUCUCCCUCUCCCUCUCCCUCCCCGCCGCCCCCCGCUCCUCCUCCGCACCUUCGCCUCCGUCUCCUCGGCCGCCGGGAGGGACCUCGACCCCCCGCCCGCACCCUUGCCGCCUCCACCCCCUGAUGAGCUCGCCUCCGAAGACGACGCCUACUACCACGAGCACAUUCUCGAGGCAACGCAAGAGGACAAGAGUCGCCUCGUUCCCGUCAAGGCAUACUUCCCCUGCACCAGCAUCAACCUCAAGAGCCUCCAGUCCCAGAAUUCCUUCAAUGUAAUUCCACCCACUUCGCGUGCUACCAACUAUGUCGUCCUCAGGUACUACGAUGUCAAGGGAGACCCAGAGGGUUUUAAGGCUGGUAUCAUAGAUGAAAGUCAUUGCCACUAUAUGGUGGUUUUCCAAUACGGGUCCAUUGUGCUGUUUAAUGUUUCUGAUCAUGAAGCGGAUGGAUACCUUAAAAUUGUUGAGAAGCAUGCAUCAGGGUUACUUCCAGAUAUGAGAAAAGAUGAUUAUGCUGUUGUUGAGAAGCCUACCUUGGAGACAUGGAUGCAGGGUGGACUUGACUUCAUCAUACUUAGGGACCUAAGUAUCGACGGUAUUCGUACAAUUGGAAGUGUCCUUGGUCAGAGUAUCGCCCUUGACUAUUAUAUCCGUCAAGUGGAUGGAAUGGUAGCUGAGUUCACGGAUAUAAAUCGUGGAAUGGAAAAGACUGGUACCUUCACUAUGGAAAGGAAAAAGCUUUUCCAAUUGGUAGGAAAGGCUAACUCUAACCUGGCAGAUGUUAUUCUCAAGCUUGGGCUUUUUGAAAGGUCAGACAUUGCUUGGAAGAAUGCAAACUAUGCUCAGAUCUGGGAGUACCUUCGAGAUGAAUAUGAGUUGACCCAAAGAUUUGGGAACCUUGAUUUUAAGUUGAAGUUUGUUGAGCACAACAUUCGGUUUCUUCAAGAGAUCCUUCAGAACAGGAAGUCUGAUUUUCUGGAAUGGCUUAUCAUAAUUUUGAUUAGUGUGGAGAUCCUGAUAUCUGUUUAUAACAUUGUUCAGGAGCAAAUGUAGAGGGUUCUGUUGUGGGAAUUGAGUCCUUUCUGGAGCUGACACGUUCUAUCUUGGAUUUUCAGUGGUAGCCUUGUAAAUGCGUAAAUCUUCCAUCACAUCAUUUCCCAGUCUAGAAUGCAAUUAGUUAGUGCCAUGGCGUUGUGCAUAA